AUGGACGGCAUACAAAUGGAGCCGAUCGGCAAAUAUAAGGCCGACAGGAACGGUUCAGCCAAAGCUGCUUGGCGAAACAUGGUGGAUCAGGAUCUGGAUGACGUGGCCUUUCUCGCAGACACGGACAAAGCAAGAGAAGCGAGGGAGUUGGGCGAGGCGCCUGUAGCAGUAUGCUCACAAAGGCGGGCGCUCUGUCUCACCGGUCUCGUGUUCUCGGCGAUGUUUGCUACAGCGCUUAUCAUAGUGUACGCUACUCCACAGCAUGAUUGCCCGUGUAAUGGAGAUAAUCCCAUGAUACUAGGACAACCGCCGACGGAGGCCGAAACUAGUGUGGCUGCUGCUAACAAGGAUCGGAUCGCGACCAAUGGCGUCGUGUUCCCAUGGCGAGGGGCUCGGCUUCCUACCUUCAUCUUACCGAAGCACUACAGUCUCUGGUUGCAUCCUAAUUUAACAACGGGCGAACUGAGAGGUGAAGUAUCAAUUGAUUUUAAAGUGGACCGGGACACGAGCUUCGUAGUCCUUAACGUCCGCGAUAUGAAUGUCACGGAACGGGCUCUCUUCAAGAGCGGUGGGUCCCUCGGACCAAAAGUGGCUAAGGCCUUGGAUUAUCCCGCUGCAGACCAGACUUACAUCGAAUUUAAAGAAAAACUCCGUCGUAAAUUCAAUUACACCCUGAGCCUUCGUUUCAUCACAAAGCUCGAAAGAAAUGAAAAGCAGAGAGGAUUUUUCUUGACCGGGACACAUAGAAGGCGAUGUGCAGUGUCCCGUUUCUGGUUAACGCAUGCUCGUGCCACAUUCCCAUGUUUGGAUGAACCACAUUUACGAGCUACUUUCAAACUUACAAUCGUCAGAGACAGGUUUCACGUAUCUUUGACGAAUAUGCCCAUAGUGGCAACCGAAGAAGCUGGUUUCUAUUUGGGUCAUAGAUUGCUACAAGACGAGUUCGCUCAAUCUCCACCAAUGUCUACACAUAUGAUGUCGCUAGCAGUUUGUCGUUUACAACGGCGCGCUGCACCGGUGCUUCCCACAGAAGCGAAUAACAUAACUGACCUGACGAACGCACCGGAAGUGAAUACGGAAACACCCGAAGAGGAUGUUAAUGCGCCGCCUGAAAUCAGCUUGUACAGUGAUCAGCAGUCAAUUUUAGAUGAGUCUGGACCGCUACUGGAAUGGGUGCAGAGGACUAUUCAACUGUUUGCAUAUGAAUUAAACACGUCUUAUCCUCUACCUAAAUUCGACAUCGUCGUCGUUGACGGAGGGAACCAGUACUCCGAAGGUUGGGGCCUGAUAAUUCUAAAUCCUUCUGCUCUCUCCGAUACGAAGAUUAUCGCCAAACUGAUAGCGCAACAAUGGUUCGGUGGGUUGGUGUCUCCACGCUGGUGGAGUUCUCAGUGGCUGAUGGAGGCGCUGACCUCAGUGUUGAGCGAGAAGGCUACACCGUUAAGCGACGCCCGCGCUGAGAGAGAAGAGGAUGCACUUCUUCUAGACCACGUGCUUCCUGCUCUUAGGCUAGAUUCAAGCUAUUCCGUCAGAGCGGUGGCUUCGCCGCGACUGGAGCGAGCUGAUAUUGAUUCUACGGCAGAGGAACUCUCCUUUCAUAAGGGAGCGGCGAUUGUAAGCAUGGCGAUUGAAGCGGCCGGUGAGACAGCGGGGCGCGCUGCGCUCGCGCGGUUACUGCGCGAGCAUCGCUUCGCCAGCAGCGACGCCAGAGACCUAUGGCGCGCCUUGCAAAGAGACGGCACUGAAGACGCACCAGCCCACGCGUGGGACGGAUGGUGUGAAAGAGCCGGAUAUCCGCUGUUGUCCGCGCGGAUAUCUGGAUCCGACGUAAUAGUGAAGCAGGAACGCUUCGUGAUGUCAGCGGAACCGCCCGAUCCUGAACCGCCAAUGAUGAACCAUCUCCUCACCAUGGAACUCCGAGCAGACCUCGAAGAACUAUUCUACGAGCCCGAAAAUUUUACGGAGACCCUUGAAGAUGACGUGAACGCUACCACAACAACACCUCAACCCACUACCACUACCAAAAAACCAUCGGUAAAGACAACCAAAGCUCCGCCGCCACCCAAAUGGGUGAUUCCAGUGACUUUUUCUGUUGGUCCUCUUGAAACAGAUAAUGCAGAAGAGCAGGAGAAUAUCACGAAGAUUUGGAGGAAUUCUACAGAGGCUAUUCAUAACGGGACUUGGUACGACAUAAACAACGAGAUUAAAAAUCAGCGCGUCUCAAAGUGGGCCGAGAAUGUAACUCAUCUGAUUUGGAUGAACGACACGGAAAUGGUAAUACCGGACCUUGGCAAGCAUAAGUGGGUGAGAUACAACGUUGGAGCGAGAGGACUAUAUAGGGUCGCGCCGCAGGACCACGCUGAAGGAGAGACGGCAGAAGCUGUAGCGAAACGAGCAGCGGAACUUUAUGAUAGUGGAGUUCCUGCAGAGAGGGCUUUGCUACUUGACGACGCUUUCAUACUGAGUAGAGCUGGACGGUUACCUGCUAGCAGGGCGAUGGCAGCAGCUGCGCGUCUACGUACUGAACACCACUGGGCCCCUUGGCGCGUGGUGCUAACCCACCUGUCUUGGUGGCGAGAACUGCUAAGGCUCUCAGCGUCAGCGCCCUACUUGAACAGGCUGCUGAGUCAGCUGCAUCCUGAGGUGGAGAUUUACACUCAACAGCAGAUAGAAAGCGCUGGACUAACCGAAGAUCAGCUUUGGCUAAGCGGAGCUCUCCUCACCGCGGGAGUUGAAUGGGAGAAUGAGAACGUCACCAACCAAGCAUUGGAGCUGUUCGAUGCCUGGUUCGAACAUAACGAAACAAUACCGGAGAUAUAUCAAGAGGCGGCGUUAGUGGCAGGUGUGCGAAAGAGAGGGUCGCGUGCGUGGCGACGUGCGUGGAAGUCGCUUCUUGUCUCGCAGACGGGUCGGCCCGCGGCCGUGUUGCCCGCCCUCGCCGCGCCUGCAGACGACUGGCUCUUCUACAGGUUUGCCUUCACGGUGCUAUCGAGUGAAGCACAGCGAGGCCGGGAGUGGAAGUCCUGGAUCACUGCGCUGUGCGCCGGCGCUUGCAAAUGGCGCGGAGCUGCGGGCGCGUGGCGCGUGCUGGCGAGUGCCUCCGCGGGCCCCGUGCCCCCCCCGCCCGCCAAGCCCCUCACAACUCCUGCGCCUCCCACAUCCCCCGCGUCCCCCGCGCCUCCCGCACUUCCAGCGUCUGCGCUGCUCGCAGCAGCUCGCUGCCUGCACCAACCCGCCGACUACUACCGGUUCAAAGAGUUAUUCGGCGAGCAACGCGGUGCUGCAGCGGCUUUAGACGCGAUCGCUCUGAACGCCGCGUGGGUGCCCCGCGCCGACGCCGACCUACUGCGGUACUUCAAAGCCGUGAGCAGCCGAUAG